AUGUUUGGCAGCAACCAUUCGUUUCGUCACGCUGAACUGCCUCCUGAAUCGAGUAAACGUGAAUUUCAAAAAGCCGCUGUGUCUAGACAUCUGCGAUAUCUCUGUGUGCCCUCUGCCGCACUGCAGGAAACAUGCAUGAGAGAUCGGCCAGUCAUCAGCAUCGAGGAAUUUAGCUCAAAGUCGUCUAGAUGCGUUGAGAACAACAGUAAGGACGAUUUCUAUGAUGAACUCAAUGUGUUGAUGUCUAAAAUAGCAAGCCAGCAGGUGGUCAUUGUCGGAAUCGACGCAAAUGCGAAGAUGGGACUCGAACAGCAAUCCAAUGUGAGAGGAAAAUGGUAUUAUCCAUCGGAGCGCACGUCGGACAACUGUGACCGUCUGGUCGACUCAUGUGAACAGACGGGCCUCAUCAUCGCUUCCACAUUAAGGAGGAAUCAUCGACGCCAUCAGCUCAGGUGGCAGGAGUCAACCUUUUUAACGUCUGAAGAGCGGCACAAGCGGAAGAUGAACACUAUCAAACUUCAGCUCGGCUUCAAGAUAUGUUUCCACAAAAGAAACCGAGGAGUUCCCCUUCAACCGAAAAUCGAGAUGGCAGGUCUGAAAGACGAAGAAUGCAGGACGAAAUUCCGCCAACGUGUGUCUGUUCAUGUUGGAGUACGGAACAGAAAGAAGCUUAGCGACUUUCCUUCACAAAUUGCAUCAAGACGCUGCAAGGGAAACGCUCCCGGUUCUAUUGCCGCGGGAAAAAAUUCUCCUUUGCAUUUGCGGAAAAAAUCAACGUCCACGUACAAUUCUGUAUGUGUCGCGCGCAGCGCUGUUGACUUCAACCAGGAAAAGGGUCUUAGAAGGAGGUUGCGUCGUCAACUGCAACAAGACCGCGGUAACGAGUGGACGGCAAGAGCAAAGGAGUUUGAAAAGGCGUGGGAGAACAAGAAUUCGCGGAGUACCUAUACUUUACUAAAACAGUACAGCAGCAAAAUGAAAAGAUGUUCCCCUGUCCUUAAUACUGCCAGUGUAAUGGCUGUCGGUGAAGCAACCUUUGAAGCUUGGUGGGUCACUUCAAGACCUUGCUUAGCCGGCAAGCAUCGUCAGCUCCCAAACUCGAGCACGUUCAUAGGCCGACAUAUGCGGUUAACGUUUUUGGAUACAGAACCACCGACCGAGUCGGAGGUUCUGUAUCCAAAAGAUGAAAAGUGGAAAAUCUGGUGA